CUUGGUCGACCCACGGAGAGAUGGACGGUGGCUCGUGGGCGGCGGUGGGCGGCGAGGGGCGCCUGGAGUGCCGCGUGAGGGCGUUCCCUAAGCCAUCUUUCACUUGGAAGCAUAAAAACAACACGACCCUCUCCAGCGGCGACAAAUACGACAUCAGGGAAACGCAGCUGGAGGACGGCGUCGUCGAGUGGUCCUCGGCGCUGUCCGUGCAGGGCGUCGCCCGCGGGGACUACGGCAACUACUCCUGCGUGGCCACGAACGCCCUCGGCUCCCACGCCACCAGCCUCGCCCUCGCCCCUCCGCCCACGCCUGCCGCGCCCACCAACCUGACGGUCAUCAGCCUGACCUCGGACGCCGUGACGCUGGCCUGGAGCGCGAGUCCGGACGGAGGCCCUGCCGCAGGAUUCACCCUCAAGUACUGGCCGGCGGGAACCAGAGUGUUUCAGCUUGAGGACGUGGAAGGCGGCAGCGCCAACUUCACGACCAUCUCGGGCCUGUCGGCGGGGCUGGAAUACUUCUUCAGCGUGCAGGCCUACAACGCGCAGGGCAGGUCGCAGCACUCGGCGCCCGCAGUCCCCGUCACCUUGCUCGGUGCGGUGGAGAGCGCCAGCAGCCCCAGCACGGGCGAGGGAGGCGGCCCCAGGGUCAUCCGCGUGCCGCGUCUCCUGCUGCUCAUCAUGACCCUCGCUGGCACCGCCCUCUUGGCGCUCAACAUGGCCAUCAUCGCCUGCUUCGUGCGUCGGCGCGCUGCGCACGGCAACAGGGGAGUUUCAGCGUCCUCGAGCAAGAACACGACCCUGGAGGUGUUCUCGGCCGCCACCAGCCCCGCCAGCGCCCAGGGAGACGGCCUGCCCCUCACCACCACCGGCGCCACGGAAGGCUCGCGGAAGAUCGACCUGAAGGGCGAGUGUCAGACGGACGUGGACAGCUGCGAUCAGACCAAACUGCUGACGUGCCACCCGACGGGCCCAUCGGCUCCGCGUGUGGUGGGGCCCCUGCUGGCCGACGCGUCCCGCCUCGAGCGACCGGCCAGGAGGUCUGGCCAAGCCCUCCCGGCCAACGGGUCCGUCUUCGGCUGCAGCCCCGUCGCGCAGAGUGAUCUCGUGCUGUCCGAAAGGUCCAUCGCGCCGAGCGGUGCCAACCACCCUGACGUGUGUCCGACCAGCACAGCCACGACCGCCCAGUACACUCAGCAACAUAGCAAUCAUCUUCAGCAACAACCUCAGCAGCAUCAGUGCAUUCAGCUGCAACAACUUCGCCACCAGUGCCAUCAGCAACUCCCCCCGCCGCAAGCGCCGCCGAAUCUCAUACAAAACCACAAACAGCACCAACUGCAGUACCCGAACUUCGGCCAGCACCCGAGCCACACAUACCAGCUGAGUUCCCUCACGCUGCCCGGCGCCCAGCAUCAUCCCCUGGCGGACCCCGCCGGCGGCAGCAGUCAACCCGAGGCUCGGCUGCCGGCGCCCGCGACCACCACCUACGCUACUCUCAACCCGAGGGACUUGACUCGCUCCGGGGACCUUCUGGGCGGCUCAGGUUCGGCUCGCAGCUACGCCACCGUGGCCCCUCGCAGACAGCGGCCCCCGACGUCGAGGUCCUCGACCCUGCAGCGGAAUGCAACCAUCUGCACCUCCGAGAUGGAACCAGGUGUGGCAGUGGCCGUCGGAGUGGAUGAAGGGAGCGCUGCAGGAAGCUGGUCCACGGACGGAAGCCAGAAGGAGCGCCAGACGCCAGCCGAGGCCAAACACGCCCCCGCCGCGUCUGCACCUCCCCGGGGGCUGGUGCGGAGAGCGAGCCUCUUCGCGGACUUCUCGUGGCAGUCGCCGCUCCAGGCGCACUGUCCCUCGGACCCGGCGUCUUCCGCAGACGGCCCUGACGGCUCAGCCGACGCCUCCAACAGUUAAUUUGUAGAUGGAAUGAUACAAUGCAGGUUGCUGGAGAGGUGGACUGGAAGGAGACAGGAGACGGUGCUGGUGCGAAGUAGUUAAGGAAUCUGGAAGGGCGUGUUUGUCGGAGUGCCGACUGCAGUGAGCGGCUGCCAGGCGGGCCCUUUCAGCACGGCGACCCUGCGCCUCUCUCUCCGGCGCUCUCGGCCUCCGCGAGUCUCGGCCCGAGGAUGCCAGUUCUCCGGCGCAGGUCUUUUCCGUGGAUACGUUUCAUCUCUCAGUGGAGGUGGAUUAUUUUGUAUAGGCUUACGUAUAUGUUUUAUGUAUCCGACACAACGUUUAACAUGUAUGAUGCCGUUUUGAUGUUAGAUAAAUGAGAUUUCUUU